AGAUGGUUGUCUCACAGAACGCCUCCAAUGGAACCGGGAAUUGGACCAACCAGUUCGCGCAGCCGCCGUGGCGCGUGGCUCUGUGGUCGGUGGCGUACAGCUCCAUCCUGGCGGUUGCUGUGUUCGGGAACCUGGUGGUCAUGUGGAUCAUCGUGGCUCACCGCAGGAUGCGCACCGUCACCAACUACUUCCUGCUGAACCUCGCCUUCUCCGACGCGUCCAUGGCCGCCUUCAACACGCUCAUUAACUUCAUUUACGCCGCGCACGGGGACUGGUACUUCGGCCAGACGUACUGCAAGUUCCACAACUUCUUCCCGGUCACCUCCGUGUUCGCCAGCAUCUACUCCAUGACCGCCAUCGCCGUGGACAGGUAUAUGGCCAUAAUUCACCCGCUGAAGCCUCAUCUCUCAGCGACGGCCACUAAGGUGGUGAUCGUGUGUAUCUGGGUGUUGGCUGUGGUGCUGGCGUUCCCGCUCUGCUUCUUCUCCACCAUCAGAAAAUUACCCAAGAGGACUCUGUGCUACGUGGCGUGGCCUCGACCCGGGGACGACCCCUUCAUGUACCAUAUCAUCGUGAUGUUGCUGGUCUACAUGCUGCCUCUGGUGGUGAUGGGAAUCACAUACACCAUCAUUGGCGUGACGCUGUGGGGAGGCGCAAUCCCCGGAGACUCGUCAGACAAUUAUCAUGGGCAACUACGUGCCAAGAGGAAGGUGGUGAAGAUGAUGAUCAUCGUAGUCGUGACUUUCGCCAUCUGCUGGCUGCCGUAUCACAUUUACUUCCUGAUCACGGGCCUGAACAAGGCGCUGGCUAAGAAGAAGUCCAUCCAACAGGUCUACCUGUCUGUCAUGUGGCUGGCCAUGAGCUCCACCAUGUACAAUCCCAUCAUCUACUGCUGCCUUAACAGCAGGUUCCGAGCAGGUUUUAAGCGAGCAUUACGCUGGUGUCCAUUUGUUCGCUUGUCCAGUUAUGACGAUCUGGAGUUGAGGGCUACACGCAUGCAGGCAACGCGCCAGAGCAGCAUGUGCAUGUUGUCACGUGUGGAAACCACCAUGAUGGUCAUGAGCGACUCAGCAGAGGGUUCCACCAAAUGCAAGAGCCUCAUCAACCACAACCACAAUGGCUGCUCUCACUCCACCAAGAGGUCCAUGACGUACACACCCAGCAACCCUCACGAUGAUUUCUGCUGA